AUGAAUAACACCUCCAUCGUGCAGCACCCGCUGUGCAACGACGGGAACGCGCCAAAUAUCACCGGCGACGUGCUGAAGCCGAGGUUCUUAUACCACGGCGGCGCUGCAGGGAAACUCAUCUGGAUCAUCACGCCCACCAAAUUCAUAUACCCAAACGCAAAACUGUACACUUGCAACGUACCGGGCGGCGCCCACCACCAGAUCACUCCGGCAACAACAAACGGAGCCCCGAAAUGGAAAAGACCAUACGGCACCCAUGCCAAUAGGUCUAAUAUAGUGGUGUGCGUUGUUGCCAAGACAUUAGAGAGAUCGUCUCCAUACAAGAUCGUCUCCAUCGCAGGCAACACCUUGACUGAUAUAACGGGCUUGUAUUGGUAUGGGAUCUUGGCACAUGAAAAGUAG